UUACCGUCAGUGGGAUUCAGGAUCUGAUCACACAUCUCUGCCUACUGAUCAUAGCGCUCUUAGAAUAAUUUCUGAAAAAGUGCCACUGCUCAGUUCUUCAGGCUGUUUUACGUUAUCGACUGUUUAGCCUACUUCUACCUUCAAGAUGUUCUAUACAUGUGGUCCCAAUGAGGCUAUGGUGGUGUCAGGGUUCUGUCGCUCUCCACCUCUUAUGAUCUCUGGUGGGCGAGUGUUUGUGGUCCCCUGUGUACAGCAGAUUCAGAGGAUCUCCCUGAACACUCUGACGUUGAACGUGAAAAGUGACAAAGUGUACACGCGCCAUGGAGUGCCAAUCUCUGUUACGGGCAUCGCACAGGUAAAGAUCCAGGGCCAGAAUAAGCAGAUGCUGGCUGCAGCCUGUCAGAUGUUCCUGGGGAAGUCUGAGGGGGAGGUCGCCCACAUCGCCCUGGAGACACUGGAGGGCCACCAGCGUGCCAUUAUUGCUCACCUGACCGUGGAGGAAAUCUACAAGGACCGCAAGAAGUUCUCCGAGGAGGUGUUCAAAGUGGCCUCCUCUGACCUGGUCAACAUGGGCAUCAGCGUGGUCAGCUACACGCUCAAAGACGUGCACGAUGACCAGGAAUACCUGCACUCUCUUGGUAAAGCUCGUACCGCACAGGUGCAGAAAGAUGCACGCAUAGGCGAGGCCCUGAACAAACGGGAUGCUGUAAUGAGGGAAGCCCAUGCCAUGCAGGAGAAAGUCUCCGCUCAGUACGUGAAUGAGAUCCAGAUGGCCAAAGCGCAGAGGGACUACGAGCUGAAGAAGGCUGCCUACGAUGUCGAGGUCUACACCAAGAAGGCGGAGUCUGAGAUGGCCUACCAGCUGCAGGUGGCCAAGACCAAGCAGCGCAUCGAGGAGGAGAAGAUGCAGGUGCAGGUGGUGGAGCGCUCGCAGCAGAUCCAGCUGCAGGAGCAGGAGAUCCUGCGCCGCGAGAAGGAGCUGGAGGCCAAAGUGAAGAAGCCCGCCGAGGCCGAGCGCUACCGGCUGGAGAGGCUGGCCGAGGCUCAGCGACUGCAGCUCAUCAUGGAGGCUGAAGCUGAGGCUGAAGCCAUCAGGGUGAAGGGUGAGGCCGAGGCCUUCGCCGUGGAGGCCAAGGGCCGCGCCGAGGCCGAGCAGAUGGCCAAGAAGGCCGAGGCCUUCCAGGAGUACAAGGAGGGAGCCAUGGUGGACAUGCUGCUGGAGAAACUGCCACUGAUGGCUGAGGAGAUCAGCAAGCCCCUGGCAAUGGCUCAGAAGGUUACCAUGGUGUCCAGUGGAGGCUCGGAAAUUGGUGCAGCCAAGCUGACUGGCGAGGUCAUGGACAUCAUGACCAAGCUGCCCGAGACGAUCGAGAAACUCACUGGAGUCAGCAUCUCCCAGGCUCUAACACAUCGGUUAGCAUGUUAACUAGCAUUUUCCACGGGUUGGUGCUUGCAAGGUGGCUCGCACUGGUUGAAAAGGCCAAUCCCACCUGGCUUGGCCUGUUUGCUGCCUCUGCAUGUAUUGGAAGUCACAACCUUCUCUCUUUCUGUCAAUCUGUCUGUCUGUCUAUCUCUCUUUUCCCCUAUCUUGUCACCUGUCUUACUUGUCUCACUUUUCCAUUCCUUUUUUUUUGCAUUUUGAUAUUGUAUUCCCUCCCCCUCUUAAUGCACUUUCCCAAGUUUGUUUUUCCUCACUGACCUGGCACAGGUAAUUCGCUUCUGGGGAGAUUUGAUUAGCGUUGCUGCCUUUAAUCAACCAAUUAAGAUGCGCCUUUAGUACAUUUCAAUGGUGUACCUGAAACUUGGAAAAGACUGUUUUAGUUCAUCUUGCAAUGGCAUCAUUGAGAUUUUUCAGUGCAAUUUUUUUACAUGUGCAUUCAGCCAUGAGUUUAGAAUGCCCGUGUGUAGUGACAGCAGGUCAUAUUUGUCAUUAUGGUAAGAUAAGGAGGACAGAUUGAUAAAUGCAUCAAAAUGAUAGUAAGUAUAAUAUAAUGGUCCUCUGUAUGUAGAGUAGAUAAGUAUAAUACAUAAAUUGGACUGCAGAAAGUAGACGAUAUAAAGUUUGCAAUUAAUGUUUGCCUGCAGUGUAAAGAGUUGUUACAUUUGCGGUGAUCUCUUCACUCUUCAUUUACUGUACCAGCCUUUGUAGAAGCACGGAUGAUAGAUGAUCUCCCUAGAAACAGUUGCCCUGGCCUGCGCAGUCAUUUGGUCUUUGAUUGACCUCUUCCUUGUUUUGUGGUGGUGUCAAAUGUGUGUCUGUGUCCCUGUGUUCACUCCUCCUGAGCUGCUGGCGCUGUGGUGAAAUUGGUUCCGUAUGACCUCAUUCUUGUUCUCGCCGAGUCAUUGCGAGGUGCAUUAUAAUUUAUGUCUGGGAGCAGCUGUCGGGGAACUAUUUGGAAAUGAGAGAGAUUGUGUGGUGGAUGUUUUAAAAUUCAGACAGACUUGUUUUGUACCAACAUUUGUAUCAAGUUGUUCCCAGAUAGUUUGAUGGAGUUACACCUGGCUCCGCAAUGCUGUUUUGAACCCAGAAUUGCUGUUGACUAUGUGAGGAUUAUGAGGUUUCAGGGCACAUACCUUCAGCACCCCUGACCAACUUUUCAAACCACAUGCAGGCAGCCUCCAGGAAGUGUAGCCCUCUUGUUCAUCUCCCCCUUCCUCCCCCCCAAUGACCGUGUAUAGUCAUUACUUCCCCCAACUGCCUUUUUGUCCACUGCCUUGCUGCCAAACCAGAAGUGCAUCUUAUUAGACAGUGUCAUGCAAAACUUGCCGUCCAAUCUUCCAUGAGGUACUACUCUACUUCUGAACUGUGUCUUAAGGGAGAACACUUGCAUAUGGAUGCUCUUUAGAUUUACUGUCGAUUGACCAAAUCCAAAGUUUUGGUUUUAUGCUUCUGCACUGCGAUUGGUAUUAUUAUUUCCAAUCGUUUGUCAAAGCUAAACAGGUAGAAAUUGCAUUUCAGGGAUUCCAGACAUUUAUGAAAUGAUAUUUUCAACCACUCUACUGUUGCUGGGUCAUUGUAGAUGUAUUGCUUGUAAUUGGCAAGUAGUUUUUUUUUUAUUAUUAUUAUAGUUCAUGCACUCUAUUUCUAUCAUUCAACAAGUCAGUCAUGCCAUAAAUGUAGCAGUCAAUUUUGUAUUUAUUUAUUUUUUUGACAUAAUUUAAGUGUUGUUCACCAGAAUAAUAGUUACAGGCUAAUGUUGAGUGACCCAUUGGCCAGUUUUAUCACAUGGUUUGACUGCCAAAAAAAAAGAAGAAAAACAUUUCAUACAUUUUGCAUGUUUGUUUGAAAGGCGUACAAGAUGAAUAAUAUAUAAUAGAGGGAAAUUGUUUCUCUUUCAAACACUUGAAUGUUUAGGAAGCAAAGCACCUGCAAAGUGCAAGCAUUUAUUUAUAGAUUUUUAUUAUUAUUUAUGUGUGUAUUGCGUGUCAUUAUUGUCACAACUUUGUUUUAAUCAUCAGCUCUGAAGUUUGGUGUUUGGUAUUUUGUGAGAUAAGAAAGUGUCAACAUUCACUUUCUGUAUCCUGUGUAAUGAACUAACUGGCUUCACUCAUUAGCUGUGUCUGAGCCACACUCUUAUAACCAAAUGUUUGCGAUACCAUCUGCUCUUGGAAACCAAUGCUGUGUGCUCCUCAGUUUCCAUGCCGACUAAUUGCGUGCCUGACGGGCCUAAUUGAAUGGCUCAUGAGUGAUGCCAGAUUCUGACAGGCAUUUUUUUCAGACACACACACACACACACGCGCGCUUUGGCUGAUAGUAUGAAUAGCUUGGUGCAUGAAUCACGAGUGCAGCUAUCUAAACAUUCACCCUUUUAUCUUUUUCUAUGUUAAUAUUUUUGCGUUUGAAGUUGAUGUUCUUAAACAACUCCUUCUGAGGAGUAAAUCACUGAAGUCAUGAUUGAAGUUGUAUAUCUAAUGGAAUCACUAUGUUUUAUUUGUCUGUGAUAAUGUAUGAAGGGAUGCCAACACUGUUGACCUCAUCGCUCCAAGUGACACAAAAAAAGUUACAUUUCUGUCUUUAAAGUACCUCAAAUCAUACAAUCUUCUGAUUCAGAUUUUAGUAUGAGUGAUUAUUGUUUUAUGUUUAUCACAAUUACCAUAAAUCAUCCAAAUAUACAAUUUUACAAAUAAUGACAUUAAGCCGAUCUUAACAUAUUAACCGUUGUUUACAGUUACUUAUAAUGGUACUGAACUACCAAAUAAGAGAGAAAUCUGUUGGUAAAAUCCAGGGAGUGUAGGUCUUAGACCUAAUUAUUGGUCAUGUUAUAGUGAGGGAAAGUCUUCUCUCUUGACCGUGUCUAUUGUAUUACUUAGCUAUCUAUCUGACACUAUCUGUUACAGAGGCUGUAAAAGUAGGAAUUCAGCUUAAUUCUGUCUGUUUCCAAUCUGUUGUUAGUGCACUAAGAUAUUGAUGAGUAUUUUGUAGAAAAUGUAUUCUCUUUAAUUGCAUAAAACUGAUUACUGAACUGCA